AGCCGAAGAUGUCGGCUCGGUCAUGUGAUCAGCUGUGUCCAAUCACAGCUGAUCACAUGGGACAUGUACACUGAUCAUCAGUGCACUGAUGAUCAGUGUGGCCCCAGAUCAGUGUGCCCCACCACCUGCCAAUUCUCAUCAGUGCCAGUGCCCAUCAGUGCCACGUGCCAGUGCCCAUCAGUGCCACAUCAAUGCCACAUAUCAGUGCAUGCCAGUGCACAUCAAUGCCACAUAUCAGUGCCCAUCUGAGCUGCCUUUCAGUGUCAGUGCCACCUAUCAAUGCCAACCAGUGCCACCUAUCAGUGCUGCCAAUCAGUGCCAGUCAGUGUCGCCUAUCAGUGCCAGUCAG